AUGGUAAGUAAGGAAGGACAUACGGAUAUAGUAAAUUUAUUAUUAAAUUGGAAUUCUGAUGUAGAUCAAUGUGACAAUGAUGGAUGUAGUCCUCUGUACUGGCCAUGUUAUAAAGGGAAAACUGAUAUAGUUAGGUUACUGUUAGAGAAAAAUCCUAAUGUUAAUCUUAUUAACAAAAAUGGCUGUAGUCCUCUGUACUGGGCAAGUUAUAAAGGUCAUACUGAUAUCGUAAGGUUACUGGUAGAAAGGAAUCCUAAUGUUAAUCAAUUGAACAACGAUGGCUGGAGUCCUCUGUACUGGGCAACUUAUAAAGGACAUACUGAUAUUGUUAAGUUAUUGUUAGAGCUGAAUCCUAAUGUUAAUCUGUGUUACAAUGAUGGAUGUAGUCCUCUGUAUAUUGCAAGUCAGGAAGAUCAUACUGAUAUUGUGAAGUUACUUUUAGAGCAGGAUCCGAAUAUUAAUCUCUGUGACAAUGAUGGCUGUAGUCCUCUGUACAUGGCAAGUCAGGAAGGUAAUACUGAUAUAGUAAAGUUACUAUUAGAGAAUGAUUCAAAUGUUGAUAUAUGUAACAAAGCUGGCUUUACACCUCUGAGUAUGUCCUGUAUUGGUAACCACUAUUAUAUAGUACAGCUUUUGAUUACACAUAAACCAAACAUUAAUGCCCAGACAUAUGACGGAGGUAAUGCUUUGUAUUUCUGUGCAAAAAAUGGAAACUUAGAUAUAACAAAGUUACUGUUAAAGAAUAAUGCUGAUUGGUAUGUCUGUAUCCAUAGUGAACUCUUCAUAAAAGAUACAGUUACCAAAAAUCCGGGUAUAACAUUGGACAAGGAAAAACAGUCCUUAUGUGAUAGCCUUGUAAAGAAUACAUCAUUACAUGUAAAAGAUUAUGUCAAUAAAAAGUCAGUAGAUUAUGCCUUUAAUGUAGUAGCUGGUUCCUCUCCAUUACACAUUGCCUGUUUUAUGGGUAGAAUAGAUGUUGUCAGAUGCCUUCUGGAUUACAAUGCUAACAUCAACAUAUCAAAAGAAGAUGGAACAACACCAUUAAUUUAUGCAUGUGAAGUAGGACACGAGGAUAUUGUACGUUUAUUGUUAAAUAAAGGAGCAGAUACACAGAUAAGUAAACUGGAUGGGCAAUCGCCUUUACACAUUGCAACAAAUAAUGGAUAUACAUCGAUAGUAGUCUUGUUAACAGAACAAACGAAGAAGGAGGACAAAAUUUCUUCUUAA